ACUCACUCUUACCCUUUCCCCCAGGUACCCCUGGACACACCAGGCUGGGGUCGCCUCUGAGCGCCCCGCGGGGGCCAUGGAUGGUGAAACAGCAGAGGAGCAGGCGGACCCUGCGCCCCCACCAGGUGCACUCAUUGGACCCGGCGGCUUCGGUGGUGCUCCAGCUCUCAGGGGGUGGCGAGAACCCAAGAAGUACGCGGUGACUGAUGACUACCAGUUGUCUAAGAAGGUUCUGGGCCUGGGUGUGAAUGGCAAAGUACUGGAAUGCUUCCAUCGGCGCACUGGACAGAAGUGUGCCCUGAAGCUCCUGUAUGACAGCCCCAAGGCCCGGCAAGAGGUGGACCACCACUGGCAGGCCUCGGGUGGCCCCCACAUUGUGAGCAUCUUGGACGUGUAUGAAAACAUGCAUCAUGGCAAGCGCUGUCUCCUCAUCAUCAUGGAAUGCAUGGAAGGUGGUGAGUUGUUCAGCAGGAUUCAGGAGCGUGGUGACCAGGCUUUCACUGAGAGAGAGGCUGCAGAGAUAAUGCAGGAUAUUGGCACUGCCAUCCAGUUCCUGCAUAGCCAGAACAUCGCCCACCGAGAUGUCAAGCCUGAAAACCUGCUCUACACAUCCAAGGAGAAAGAUGCAGUGCUUAAGCUCACCGACUUUGGCUUUGCCAAGGAGACCACCCAAAAUGCCCUGCAGACACCCUGCUACACUCCCUAUUAUGUGGCCCCUGAGGUCCUGGGUCCAGAGAAGUAUGACAAGUCGUGUGACAUGUGGUCUCUGGGUGUCAUCAUGUACAUUCUCCUGUGUGGCUUCCCACCCUUCUACUCCAACACGGGCCAGGCCAUCUCCCCAGGGAUGAAGAGGAGGAUCCGCCUGGGCCAGUAUGGCUUCCCCAAUCCUGAGUGGUCAGAGGUAUCUGAGGAUGCCAAGGAGCUGAUCCGCCUCCUGCUGAAGACAGACCCCACAGAGAGGCUGACCAUCACACAGUUCAUGAACCAUCCCUGGAUCAAUCAAUCAAUGGUGGUGCCACAGACCCCACUCCACACAGCCCGAGUGCUGCAGGAGGACAAAGACCACUGGGAUGAAGUCAAGGAGGAGAUGACCAGUGCCCUGGCCACCAUGCGAGUGGACUAUGACCAGGUGAAGAUCAAGGACCUGAAGACCUCUAACAACCGGCUCCUCAACAAGCGGAGAAAAAAGCAGGCAGGCGGCUCCUCAGCCUCACAGGGCUGCAACAACCAGUAGCUCAUGGGGCCUUGGAGAAGCCACGCCUCUCAGGCUGGGUGACAGACUGGAGUGUGCUGAGGACCCUGAAUUAUUCUUUUAACAAAAGGAUUAUUUCGUUUUGUUUUAAUUUGUUGCUUGGAACUUCAAGAUGGAAGACCGUGACCUAAAACCUCCUUCAGGGCUUCAGCCCAGGCUCAGAGCCUAGAGAGGGGCAGAGCCUAGGGGCUGGGGAGCCACCUACUGCAGCUGCAGUGCUUUUGGCCAGGGUGGCCUGAGUGAGGGCUCAGUUCUAUCUUACCCUGGGGGCAUGUCUUUCACCUUCUAGGCCACUGGGAGUUGUGGCUGGGCUUCCCUUCUUCCACGGAGACACCCUCCUGCAGGGUGGGCAGAUGGGCCCAGCCUUGAGAAAGGCAUUGGCCACUGGUUGUCAUGGUGACCAGAGACAGUGUUGCUAUCUGUGAAUGCUGAGUGAGUGAGCAAGGGGGGGGAGGAGGGGCAACCGAGCAUCCACCUCUUCCUUCUUGCAGAGGCUAGUCUCUCUCACACUGGCUGCACUUCUUAGGCUCACCCCUCUUCAGUCUCCCUGAGGCUGCAUGGUCCAGUCUGCCUGCCUCCCUGGGUGGUCCAUUCCUGCCUUGCUGCAGCCCCAGCCCAGAUGGUACUCAGAUUUCUCCCUACAAGGAGUCCCUGGGCCUAGCCAUCCUGUCAGUACCUCCUAACCAAAGGGUGGUUUCUCAUCACAACUGAGGUAGGGGGUAUUUUUAGCCUUUUUCCACUUUGGAAAAUGUCACUGUGACAAAAGCUAGUACAGUUCCCCUGCCUCUACCUGCUCACCAGAUCCCAGGCAAGAAAGCCCCUCUCUGUUGAUACCAGAGGUUGCCUUUUGGAGAUCUUUUGUGAGUGGAUGGUUGGGGGAAGGGCAAAGAGGCUCCCCAUUAACCGGGGGUCUCUUUCUAUACUCUGAGUCAGACCUGAAGUGGUAGAGGGCUGCUGAGCAGUGUUCAGAAAGAAGGUUCUGGUCCUGACUUUGGCCUAAGUCAGAACAGAGAGGGCCCUUUUCUGGCUGAUCCGGGUUUACCCAGCCCCACUCUGCUCAAGGUAGCCUCUGAGUGCUGAGUGCCUGAUAAGAGCCUGACAAGUGCCUGACACCUAGCCUUGUUCCUGGCCCCUCUCUCCCUGUGUAGGAAACCCUAAACUAUGUCAGGACAACACUGCUGGGUUUUACACCCAGAUAUUAAUAAACACCAUUUUGGCAUUUUC